CACAAUCGGAGGAGUUCGUACGGUCCGUGGGACCCGUACCCCGUGGGGACGCGGGGGUCGCGGCGCCCCCUGGCGGGGCUUGGGGCCGCGUGGGUGCCGUCCCGCGUGGCCGCGCCGUUGAACCGUCAGCAACGGCUGUGCCGAGGGCCCGCCCGCCUUCCUGCCCUGCGGCAGCCUUCGCUUUAGUACGUGAUUUUAAUUUUGUAUCUUCUCCCAUUUUUUCUCCUGUUGCGGGCGUGAGGGGUUCUGUCUGGAUCAGGGGGAAAAGCAGGGCAGCCAUGCUUCCUUCCUUCAGUUACGUGACCCAUCACACUGGCUUCUGGGGUACUAUCAAAAACUCACCGAGCGACUUCGUGGUGACAGAAAUCGAGGUGCCUCAAAGCUCGCUGGGGGUUACCCGGGCGGAAUCGCCUCAGAAAAGCGGCGAAGCGCUGCCCGAACAAAGCAGCCCGGGCCUGCAGCAGCCCAAAAGGCUGAAAGCAGCUGAGCCCCCCGCUCCCUGUGCCCAGGGCGGGCCCGGUGGUGCGCCCAGGCCCUCGGGGCAUGACCCAGGCCGGGUGGGAAGUGACUGCCCCGCAACCCCUAACAACAGCCAGCAUGAGAGUGAAGCUGACCUGAAACCUGGCCUGCGGGAAGAAAGGGUGUUGGAUUCCUUACUAGGCAACCCCAUGAGUGAACAGCUUAAUAAAUUUGCUUCUGAUUUGAAGGACGCCUGGGAUUUGGAAAGCAAUGCUGGCGCUUGCGGCAGGGAGUUCUCGCUGGGACCUGUACUGGAGAAGAAAAAGCGAGCUGAUUUACACAGUGCUGUUAGGCAGAAGUUCCCCUUCCUAAUCACUGUUACAAAAGACAAUGAAAUGAUUGUGAAAGGAAAUGCUGACUACAGAGAGCUUUGCCAGUUAGUGACUGAAAAGGAAACAAGUGAUUUCUUUAAAUUUUUAGAUGCGAAGCUAGAAAAUUCUACAUUUUCUUUUAAGCCUGAUGGACACAAGGAGCACAGAAAAGUAGUUCACCACUUUAUCAAUAGAAAAUUUGGAAAAAUUUUAGAAACAAAGACUUUUACCGUGACAGACAUCAAUGAUCAGCCAAAUAUGUCAAUAAUGGUACGGUUUCGAGAAAAAAGUGGGUCCAGAAAAAGAUGUUCUAGUGUUUUCAAGGAAAACCAAGAGCUUUAUACAGCUUUCACCCUUCAGAAAGAAAAUCUAGAAACACUAGAAGCAAUUGGCUUCUUGGCUGCCGAACUUGGUGUUCUUCCUUCAGACUUCAGCUACACUGGCAUCAAAGACAAGAAGGCUAUUACCUACCAACCUAUGGUUGUGAAGAAGGUGACUCCUGAGAGAUUGAAAGAAAUUGGAAGCAAAAUGGAAAGCAAAGGUUUGAGAAUACACAACAUCCAUUCAGCGAGGCAGCACCUUAGACUUGGUCAGCUGAAGGGCAAUCACUUUGAUUUAGUUGUGAGAGAUCUUAGGCACCACAGUCAUGACUCUUCUGUAGAUUUGAAGGAGAGAAUAUCUGAAGCAAUGGAAAAUGUUAAGACAAAAGGUUUUGUAAACUACUACGGAUCUCAGCGAUUUGGGCAAGGACAGAAUGUUCAGACAGAUGAAAUAGGAUUGGCUUUACUGAAUGAAGAAAUGGUGAAGGCUGUGAAGCUGUUCUUCACACCUGAAGAUAAUGAUGACCCUGUAAACAAUGCAAAAAGAUACUUUCUUCAAACUGAAGAUGCAAAGGGUGCACUCAUGAUGCUGCCAGAAUUUAAAGUGAGAGAGAAGAUGUUGCUACGAGCUUUAAAUCGCUAUGGCUUAAAUCCUGAAGGUUGUACCAAAGGAUGGCUCAGUAUUCCUCAUUCCAUGCGCAUAUUCUAUGUCCAUGCUUAUUGCAGUAAAAUCUGGAAUGAAGCAGCAUCAUACAGACUGAAGAUCUAUGGUUCAAAAGUUGUUGAGGGUGAUCUUAUCUUCUCAGAAGAAAGUGAUGAAAGCGUUUCCCUGAGUGACAAGGUUCAUGUAGUCACUGCUGCAGAAGAGUCAGCUAACAAAUACUCUAUAAGCCAAGUGGUUCUUCCAAUGGUGGGACAUAGUAUCAAGUAUCCCAGUAAUAAAGUUGGGCAUUGGUACCACGAAAGGCUUUCUAAGGAUGAGCUGCAGAUAUGCAAAUUCAGAGUGUCUCCAUUACAGCUGAAUAUACCUGGAUGCUACAGACCCAUUUUGAAAAAUGUUCAGAAUCUGACAUAUUUUUUGGAAAGUAAUGAAAAAGGAGUUGAAAUUGAAGACAACCACCUGAAUGAAUCAAAAGUCUCUCUUCAUAUAUCAUUUGACCUUGAUCCUUCAUGUUAUGCAACAGUCUGUCUGAGAGAAAUAAUGAAAUGUGACUUUUAAGAUUCCAGUUAGUGAAAGAGUGCAGGAUAGUGUACAAUGGUGGUAUUUCAUGUAUAAUAGUGAGAAAAUAAGGAAAAUUACAGGCUCAAGCCAAAAGCAGGGAAAAGUCAUAAAUUGAGAUUUAUAAUGAUUAAGAAAAAAAAUCCACCAAAAUCCUUUGGAAUGUUCCAAAACCAUUCCAGACCCUAAAUGCAAACCCUUGGGUGCAUUGGAGUAAAUGCUGUGUGUUAUGGCCACCCAGUGUUACAGAACCAAAUGAAGCAUUGGGCUGCAAACAUGAGUUUUGGAUUUGCAUAGACAUGUGACUUGGCAGUUAAAUCCUGGAAAUUUGCAGCAAACAAAUCUUUUAUUUCAUAAUAAUAAAAAAUUAUAUAUAUUAAAUGCUGUUCAAGCAAAAAUGUUACAAGUUUGCAACCUACAGGUAUAUAGCUGAAAAGCUGCUCUACUGAGGUCCUCUAAAUACGUUGUGUUUUUUGUGUUAAAAAUGAGGUAAUUAACAUUACUGCAAAACCACUUACAAUAAAAUCAAGACCUUACAGGAUGCAGACUUUAUUCCUGUUACUACUGAUGGAAA